AUGGCAUCCAUACUACCUCCGAUUUCAAUCAAGACUUUGCUUUUAUGUUUAGCAUGGUACCUGGUUCUGUCAUUCACGUCUCAAGUGACUAAAGUUAUCUUACAAAAGAUGACAUACCCUUUCCUUCUUUCUUCAGCCCAGUUUCUCAUUGGAGGUAUCUUGUCCUAUAGUCUAAUUCAGAGUCUGCGAAUAUUUCCCCAACUCAAGAGCCUAUUUCCUCCAGAUACACUUCCAGCAGAUGCAAACAGGCCGAUAAUCAGCAAAGAAAUGUUCUUGAAGAUUCUCCCAUUGGGAUUGCUUCAGUUUGCCCUGAAAUACUUCUCAUUAAGCGCCACUCUGUUGAUUCCGGUCGCAACCGUGGCCACUAUGAAAGCGCUAAGUCCCAUGCUCUUGGUUUUUGGUUACAGAGUAGUAUACGGAGUACACAUUCCUAUGUUGACAUACCUUCUGCUAACCCCCCUCUUGGCAGGUGUAAUAAUGAUGAUUUUGGUCGAUCCAGAUCAAAAGAGCAAGCAGGAAAAGCAGUCUGUGCUAGUCAGCUCGUUUGAAGGAAAAAAUGUGGAGGGCUUAAUUUACAGUGCGUUGAGUGCUGUGUUUAUGGCAAGUCAGCAAAUGUAUGGCAAGGAGCUAAUAACAUGGGAUUCUCGAACAAAGGCGAACCCCGCGUCCUUAGUUUUGAACACAGAUCCUAGUCGGCCUGCCAGUCCCGCUCCACUUGGCCUGCCUUCUUCAAAUCAUUUUGAGAGCAAGUCGAACUUAGGUACUCUUCCGUAUUCGAUGUCGGACUUGAAACUCGAUCAACAAGCCCAGGCACACAGUCGGUAUGUUAAUGAAUACCAAAAGGGCCGAACAUACACAAAUCCGUUUGCCAAACUUGCACCUACCAGGCUCACGAAAAAGCCUGAUAAGUUUACCGUCAUCUUUUAUAUAUCCGUGAUUGGAUUUAUUUUCUCCUUUGCUGGGUUCGUCAUUUACGAGUUGUUCAACAUUUUACACAGUAUAGGAGACCCUUCGCAUUUCAAAGGAACUUUGGAGAGCACCCAGGACCUUGUGCUUGUUCUUACUUUAAUCGUGUUGGAUUCAUUAUCGCAUUUUUGCCAGAGCUCACUUUCGUUCAUAUUGCUUGGUUCGAUCCAUGCUCUCUCAUACUCUAUUGCAUCUAUGAUGAAGAGAAUUGUCAUCAUUUUCGUGGGUCUUCUUUUUGUCGAGUCUUCAGGUAAUGACUCGUCAAACAAAUGGUUUGGCAAGAUUUCAACUUCGCAGUUACAAGGUUUAUGUCUCAUCAGCCUCGGUCUAUAUUGCUAUGACAGAUGGGGCUCUAGAAGCGUGAAGGAAAAUAGAAGAUAG